CUUCAUGAUCGGAACUCUCUCUCAAGUCGCAUUUUCUCUUGGUUGUGGUUUUGCACAGAGUGGCACUACCCUCGUUAUUUUGCGUGCCUUUCAAGGCAUUGGUGCUGCCGCUACGAUACCGUCUUCACUCGGUAUCCUGGCGCAUGCAUUCCCUCCGUCUAAAAUGCGUUCAAUAGCUUUUGCAACAUUUGCAGCAGGUGCUCCUGUCGGCGGCGCAUUUGGCAUGCUCAUCGGUGGUAUUCUCGUACAGAUAACAUCGUCGCACUGGCGCUCCACAUUCUACUUGGUUGCAGUAGUGUCUGCUCUAACGGGUGUUUCCGGCAUGAUUUCAUUCGACGCGGAUGUUACUUCGACGGAAGCUGUCGACUGGAUCGGUGCUUCCGUCGUUACUGUUGGGUUGGUCUUGAUCGUAUUUGUGCUUGGUCAAGGAGAAGUUGCUUCUGAAGGCUGGAAGACUCCAUGUAAGAUU